GCGGCCUGUACGUCUUGUCAUCCCGCGCUGCGCACUUCCUUCCGCGUGGGUCACAGUUUGCCCUUUCUAUCCCAGCCAUGGAAGUGUCCGGAGUGUAAACACCUGGACGGCGGCGAAUAAAGCCGACGGAUGUUUUUAGGAUAACACCAGCGAACACUUUGUUAACCAGAGGACUGUGUGUCUGGUUGCAAAUGGAAGCUGAUGGUUUGGUUCGCAGGAGGCGGAUGAGCGCGGAGCCGCCUGGUGGAGAUGGCGCGGUGGCAGGAGCUUCCGCCGGUGCAGAAGUGCGCUGGCUCAGCGGCAGGUUCUGGGCUCUGUCCGAGGGCGUAAUGGGCACUCUGUCACCGCGAAUAGGAGGCGAGUCGGAACUUAACACGGUGCAGCUGCAUGGCUCCCAGGAGGUGACUGAGGUUUCGGAACCGGACUAUGAAGGUCUGCCUCAAGGAGCUUCAACCAGCACGUACAUGUUUGCCGGGGCCGUGGCGGGGAUCAUGGAGCACUGUCUCAUGUUUCCUAUCGACUGUGUGAAGACCCGCAUGCAGAGCUUGCAACCUGAUCCAGCUGCCCGCUACCGUAAUGUAAUGGACGCUCUGUGGCGCAUCAUAAGGACUGAAGGCGUCUGGCGGCCAAUCAGAGGCCUGAAUGUCACAGCAGUGGGGGCGGGGCCUGCCCAUGCACUCUACUUUGCUUGCUAUGAGAAGCUAAAAAAGUCUCUUGGCGAUGUCAUCUACCCAGGAGCCAACAGUCAUUUGGCGAACGGAGCUGCAGGAUGCGUGGCCACACUGCUUCACGAUGCUGCCAUGAACCCGGCUGAAGUGGUGAAGCAAAGGAUGCAGAUGUAUAACUCGCCGUAUCGGAGUGUGCUGGAGUGCAUGCGUUGCGUUUGGCGACAUGAAGGCGCUGGGGCGUUUUACCGCAGCUACACCACACAGCUCACCAUGAACGUUCCAUUCCAGGCGCUGCACUUCAUCACCUACGAGUACCUCCAGGAGAUGCUCAACCCCCCCAGACUGUACAACCCCUCUUCUCAUAUGAUUUCGGGAGCUCUAGCUGGGGCGGUGGCUGCUGCCGCCACCACGCCGCUGGACGUGUGUAAGACUCUGUUAAACACACAGGAGACGUUGGCACUGCAUUCGGUGAGCCCCGGCCGAGCACACAUCUCAGGCCUGGCCCAUGCCUUCAGGACAGUGUACAGGCUGGGCGGUCUGCCCGCCUACUUCAAAGGUGUGCAGGCUCGAGUCAUCUACCAGAUGCCCUCUACAGCCAUCAGCUGGUCUGUUUACGAGUUCUUCAAGUACGUCAUCACCAAGCAUCAGCUCGAGCGCCUGAGGAUGCAGAGGGAUGGAGAGAAGUAGAUGCUCGUUCAUUGUCUAACCCUGCCCUUGGUCAGCAACUCCCCUGGUCUUGACUUUUUCUCUCUCUCACUCACUCUCUCACUGUCUCUCCUGUCUGCUGCACCGCCAAUGAGACGUGCAAGCUACAGGGAGACGGAGAGAAGUAGCCGCUCACACGCACACUUGUCUGGGCCUGUCCUUGCUCAGAAGAUACCCUGGCCUCCUCUCCUUCUCCGUUUCUUUUUCUCUUGUACAAGCUCCACCACUACACCAGCCAGAGCUCCAUACUGCACAGGGACAGACUGGUUGGACAUCAGAGCGACUAUUUAUACCCACAGCUUCAUUACACUAGCAUUUCAGGCAGCCCAAAUGUGAUUACUCUUGGUCCCACCAGAUGGCAUCAGAAGCCAUCUUGGAUAAAAUGGAAAAAGUUGCUCAUGAGCAGAAGGUCUUUGAAAUUCAGUAGUAUAGAAUAUAAAUCUAUAAUGUAGCCUUCUCCAGGUGAAGAUGUAGUUAUUUGAGGAUAUAUUUUUGAACGUUCAACACGGAUCAAAAUUUUAACGAAAGUGAAGGCAUUUAGACCAAAUAACACAUUUUGUUUACCGAAGGUUAAAUCACUGUUUUUAGAUCUAAUGUAUGUUCUUAAAGAAUUCUGGGACCCCUAAAUUACCAUCAUGGGUUUUGAGUCUCCCAAGCAUUUGAGAAAACAUCGCUGGGAAUUAAUGCAGUUGAGAGUCGCCUUUCCCUUCUGAUCUUUAUAACAUUUCGACAUUAUCUGUAAGCUGCAUGGCAAGCAAUAACAGUGUUUAGUAAUUGGAGUAUUGUUCUCAUUUCUCCAACUGUUUUUGCACUGAUUAAAUCAAAGGCCAUUUUAAGAGGUGUAAUUAUGGUUACUGUAAUAUGCAUUUACUGUAAUCUGACUGGUUGUAAUCAGGAUAUAAUGGCCUCUGUGAAACAUCAUAGUUGGUUUUUGACUGAAGUCUAUUUUACUGCACCCUGUCUUGCUUGACUAUACCUUAAUGUUGAUAAGUUAUGAAGUCAGUGCUGUUGGCAUCUGUCUACGCUCGACCCUGUUCCUAGCUUUCAAUAAAGUAGCAGUGCAGUGGCUACUGCCUGCUUAACAUGAA